AUGGCUAAAAGAACUAAGAAGGUUGGUAUCACUGGUAAGUACGGUGUCCGUUACGGUUCCUCUUUGAGAAGACAAGUUAAGAAGUUGGAAGUUCAACAACACGCCACUUAUAACUGUUCUUUCUGUGGUAAGACUUGUGUUAAGAGAGGUGCUGCUGGUGUCUGGUCUUGUUCUUCUUGUAACAGAACCAUCGCUGGUGGUGCUUACACUUUGUCUACCGCCGCUGCCGCUACCGUCAGAUCUACCAUCAGAAGAUUGAGAGACAUGGCUGAAGCUUAA